CUCAUGCAUUUCCCACUCCUGGCCUAGCGCAGAUCGUCUACUUAGCUGCCUUUCGCCUACCCCAUAGUCCAGUCUUUGAUCGUGGCACUUUUCUACAUCAUCAACGACUCGCAUUUGUAAUGCUGUGCAAUUGCAGAGGAAGCUUACCCAAACCCAUGACCAGAACCUCCAGCAAGGCUUGUCUCAGCCAUACUGAAAGGAGACAAUGCAAAUGUCUUGGCAAUCGCAGUGACCCGUCAAACAGAAACUGUUGGACAACAGAGAGAAGAAGAGAGGACAACUAAAGCUACCAGUACUUAAGAUUGACCUGAUUCCCGACUUCAACUUGUCAUGCUGGCGCUUUCAUUUGAAACAUUCAGAUCUAUGAACAAGCGCCAACCUUCCAACACCAUGCACUCCUCUCAACCACACACAUCAUCUACCACCGCAAUGUCCAGGGACAUGCCACCAGACACCUCUGGUUUCGCAUCUUCUUUCUACAAGAACCAAAUUCGCGCCACCAUACCGCCUCUGCCAUCGACAUUGAAUCUCCAAGGUCAAUGUGCUGUUGUCACCGGCGCCAACAGCGGAUUAGGCCUCGAGUGCUGCAGACACCUCCUCAGCCUUGGUCUCUCACAUCUGAUCAUGGGUGUUCGCUCCGUCGAGCGCGGUCAACAUGCGGCACAAGACCUACAAAGAGCCAAUACGCAAGCCAAUAUUGAUGUAUGGUCUUUGGAAAUGGAGUCAUACCAGUCUGUCCAAGAUUUCGCUCAGGAGUGCCACGGCCUGGCCCGCAUCGACAUGGCCAUUCUGAACGCAGGGCUCGCUGACGUGACGUUCAGCGUUGUGCCCGCUACGGGGCAUGAAAGAGUGAUGCAAGUGAAUUACUGGAGCACUGCGCUGUUGGAGGUGCUCUUAGUGCCCAUUAUGAAAGCUCACAAGAGGCAAUCGUGGACACCUAGGAUCACCGUUGUCAACUCGGGCAUGGCAAACUUCAGCACGCUGCCCAACAGAGACAAAAGGCCCCUUUUGCGCUCCUUUGACGAUACAACCCUCACACCCUGGGACCCUCAAACACGCUACAACGACUCGAAACUUGUUGGGCAGUUCUUUCUCAGUCGUCUCGUGGAGAACACCUCGCCUCACGAUGUUAUCAUCAACAUGGUAGAGCCGGGGCUGACAAAGGGAACCCAGUUAUUCCGCAACGUGGGAGGGCUUUCAGGCGCUGUAUUUGCCAUGCUCAAGUCGGCCGCAGCGCGUCCAGCCCACGUUGCUUCACGCACGUAUGUUGAUGCCGCGGCUGUGAAAGGCCCCGAAUCGCAUGGGUGUUACAUCUCCCUCGGCAAAAUUGCACCACUUGCGCCUCUGACCUAUGGCGAAAAUGGCCGUGGACUGAGCGAUUGUAUAUGGGAGGAGUCCUUGGAGGAAUUUGAAACGGUUUGCGGUGCUGCAGCUCUUGAGCACGUGCGAUCAAGUGGUACAUAAGUGCAGGCCAAGAAAUUUGAUUUGACAAGAAAUUUGAUUUGAGCUUCUGAAAGAUGUCGGCCUAAUCGAGUCACCUAAAACGACUGGAGCCAUCAACCAUCAGCCUUUCGCCAGCGCCUGCGAAGAGACCGUCGAGUUCAAGACGCGCUUCUGGGAGCACCCCGAGACGAAUGUUAUCGGCAACUGCACUCGCAUUGGGCAGCCUAGAGAGAGAGGGCGCGAAAGAGGAGUCUAGGGCCAGGGAUGAUCCAAGUGGCCAGUCCUUAG